AUGGAGAGGUACACCUCAGUCGGGGGGGAGCACGUGAACCCCGCGUUCGAAUCGUCCAAAGAUGACCCUCCUCACUAUGAGGAGACAUCCUUCUCUGGUAACGGUUACUCCAACGGAGAACGCAGGGAAGUCAGGCCCUCUGUCGUCAGUGCUUUUGGUCAUGACACUCUGGACCGUGUGCCCAACAUCGACUUCUACCGAAACGCAGGCAGUGUGAGCGGGCACCGCGCUGUCCGCCCCUCACUGCAGGAGCUUCAUGAUGUCUUCCAGAAGAACGGAGGCCUCGAUAUUCCAGACACUAUUGAUGAUGGAGAGAGCGUUGGUACUCCAAACGAUGACGUUGAGUCAGUCUUGCCACCGAGUAAGGGCGGAGCUGUUAAGUUUGGCUGGAUAAAAGGAGUUUUGGUGAGAUGCAUGCUGAACAUUUGGGGAGUGAUGUUAUUUAUCCGCCUGUCCUGGGUGUUUGGUCAGGCUGGCGCAGGCUUGGGGAUUGUGGUUGUGCUGUUGAGCAUGGUCGUGACAACAAUCACCUGUCUGUCCCUGUCAGCCAUCUGCACUAACGGAGUGGUCAGAGGAGGAGGGGCAUAUUACCUCAUCUCACGCAGUCUGGGACCAGAGUUUGGAGGUUCCAUCGGACUCAUCUUUGCCUUUGCCAAUGCCGUGGGUGUGGCUAUGUACGUGGUUGGCUUUGCCGAGACAGUCGUGGACCUUCUAAAGGAGCAUGACGUUCUGAUGGUGGACGAGGUGAAUGACAUCAGGAUCGUGGGCUGCAUCACGGUGGUCCUGCUCCUGGGCAUAUCCGUGGCAGGCAUGGAGUGGGAGGCCAAGGCCCAGAUCGUCCUGCUGAUUAUCCUGCUGGUGGCCAUUGUCAAUGUUUUUGUGGGAACAUUCAUUCCUGCGAGCACUGACAAAAAUUCAAAGGGAUUCUUCGGUUAUCACGCAUCGAUAAUGGAGGAAAACUUUGGACCCGACUUCCGCGAUGGGGAGACAUUUUUCUCUGUCUUUGCCAUUUUCUUCCCGGCUGCCACAGGUAUCCUGGCAGGAGCAAAUAUUUCUGGAGAUCUUAAGGAUGCACAGGCUGCUAUUCCUAAAGGAACUCUCUUGGCCAUCCUCAUCACAGGUGUCACCUACCUGGCCGUCGCCCUGUGCGUCUCUGCCACAGUGGUUCGCGAUGCCACUGGGAACAGCAACGACACCACGGCAAACCUCGGAGGCCCCUGUGAGUUCUCCUCUGCCUGUGAUUUUGGCUAUGACUUCUCCAUCUGUGCCACUCAGAAAUGCUCAUUCGGCCUGAUGAACAACUUUCAGGUGAUGACCCUGGCGUCUGGGUUUGGGCCGCUCAUCAUCGCAGGAACCUUCUCCGCCACGCUCUCCUCUGCCCUGGCCUCGCUCGUCAGCGCACCCAAGGUCUUCCAGGCGCUGUGUAAGGACAAAAUCUACAAAGGGUUAUACUUCUUUGCAAAGGGUUAUGGGAAGAAUGAUGAGCCCAUCCGUGGCUACGUGCUAACCUUCAUCAUUGCCGUGGCUUUUAUACUGAUAGCACAACUCAACGUAAUUGCCCCCAUUAUAUCCAACUUCUUCCUGGCUUCCUAUGCCCUCAUCAACUUCUCCUGCUUCCAUGCCUCAUACGCAAAGUCACCAGGAUGGAGACCAGGAUACAAAUACUAUAACAUGUGGCUGUCUCUGUUUGGUGCUGUCCUGUGCUGUGCUGUGAUGUUCGUUAUAAACUGGUGGGCGGCUCUGUUAACAUACGCCAUAGAGCUUUUCCUCUACGUAUACGUCACUGUGAAGAAACCAAACGUAAAUUGGGGGUCGUCCACGCAGGCGGUGACGUUUGUAAACGCGGUGAAUAACGCGUUGACGCUAUCGGGAGUAGACGACCACAUUAAGAACUUCAGGCCUCAGUGUAUCGUGUUGACAGGAUCUCCCAGAACCAGACCCGCUCUCCUGGACCUGGCGCACUCCUUCACAAAGAACUACGGCCUGUGUUUGACCUGUGAAGUGUUUGUGGGCCAAAGGUCGGAGAAGCUCCCAGACUUAAGUACUGGUAUGGAGGUGAACCAGGCCUGGCUGAAACAGCAGAAACGCAAGGCCUUCUACGCAGCAGUGGCCAGCAGCAGCUUCAGAGAGGGGGCAGAGAGUCUGCUGCAGGCCUCAGGUCUCGGCCGACUGAAGCCAAACACACUGAUGAUCGGGUUCAAACGAGACUGGAAGACAGCACAGGUUCCAGACAUUAAGAGCUAUGUUGGCGUGUUGCACGAUGCCUUUGACUUUGAGUACGGAACGCUCGUGCUGCGGAUCAGCCAAGGCCUCGACAUCUCCCACGUCAUCAAAGCCGAAGAGGAAAUGCAUAAACUGAUACUAGAGCAACAGGCUCUGGAAAACGAAGAGAUCCAAGAGGAGGGAGGCAAAGGCUUUUUCAAACGAUCCAGAAAAACCUCCAAACAAGUGCUGACCAGCCGAGUUUCCGUGAACAUGCCCCAGGCCUCAGAUGUUGCACAGAUCAACCAGAGACUGGUGGAGGCCAGCUCCCAGUUUAAGAAGAAACAAGGCAAAGGGACCAUCGACAUCUGGUGGCUGUUUGAUGACGGAGGUCUGACUCUACUGCUUCCCUACAUCCUCACUACCCGUAAGAAAUGGAAGGACUGCAAAAUGAGGAUAUUCGUUGCUGGACAACCUGGGCGCCUACAGCAGGACAAAGAGGAGAUGGAGUUGCUGUUAAAAAAAUUCAGAAUCAGAUGUGCCGACAUCAAUGUAAUUCCAGACAUAAACGUCAGACCUAGUGCAGAAAGCUGGAAGAGCUUUGAGGACAUGAUUGAGCCGUUCCGUCUCCACGAGGGGAAGAAGGAAGCCGCUGAAGCAGAAGCCCUCCGUAGGGAGAACCCCUGGAAGAUUACUGACGCCGAGCUGGAGAACUUUGAGGAGAAGACAUACCUUCAGGUGAGACUGAACGAACUGCUGCAGGAGAGUUCCCGGGCGGCCAAACUGAUCAUUGUGAGCAUGCCCAUUGCCCGGAAGGGGUCUGUCUCUGACCACCUGUACAUGGCCUGGCUGGACGUCCUCACCAAGAACCUGCCACCCACCAUCCUGAUCAGAGGAAACCAUAAGAGUGUGCUGACCUUCUAUUCCUGA